AUCAAGAAACGGCCUGUCAGGACCGAUACCGGAAUUUCUUGCUAAAUUGCCAAAGUUGAGAAUCCUUAAUUUGAGUGGCAACAAGCUUACAGGUUCAAUUCCUAAGGCUCUUAAAGAAAAUUCAGAUUUGGAAAUGAGUUUGGAUGAUAAUCCUAGUCUUUGUUGGAGGGAUCCAUGCAAAAAACACAAGUUCCUUAUUCCACUCAUAGCAUCUGUUUCAGCUUUGACGGUUGUAAUCUUGAUUUCUCUAGGAAUAUGGAUCUUCAAAAUGAAAAAACUCAAAGUUUAUAGAAAGAAAGAAGCAUCAGAACUAAGAAAUCGUGCUUUUUCUUACUCCCAUGUCCUUGAGAUCACUGAUAACUUGCAAAACUUGAUUGGACAAGGGGGAUUUGGAAAAGUCUAUUUAGGCACCCUUAAGAAUUGCACUCAAGUUGCAGCGAAGUUACUUUCUCAUUCAUCAGUUCAAGGUCAUAGAGAAUUUCGAUCAGAGGUAGAACUUUUGAUGGUUACUCAUCAUAGACAUUUAGUUUUUCUGAUUGGAUAUUGUGAAGAAAGUGGCGUCAGAGCAUUAAUAUAUGAAUAUAUGGUUAAUGGGAACCUCCACCAUCAUUUAUCAGGUAAGAAAGGAGGCCAAUUGAAAUGGAAAGAUAGGCUUCAAAUUGCAUUGGAUGCAGCGUAUGGAUUGGAUUAGUUGCAUAAUGGUUGCAAACCUACAAUUGUACAUAGGGACCUUAAGGCCUCCAACAUUUUGCUGGACAAGAAUAUGGAGGCUAAAAUCGCUGACUUUGGAUUAUCUAGAGCUUUUGCAAAUGAUAUUGAUAGUCAUGUUUCAACUCGUCCUGCCAGAACACUUGGUUACCUUGA